AGGCAGCUCGGCCCUCGGCCGCCAUAAUCGGCUCCGAGGCGGCGGCGGCGGCCCCCCCGGCCCGCCUGACCCGAGCCUCCCUCGGCCUCAUCCCCGAUCCGACCCCUCGCCCAAGCCCUGCCUCGUCUCGCCCUGCCGUCCCCCCCCCACCCCGUUACCCCCCCCCGCCCUACCCCCCGGCUCUUCACCCUGCAUCCCCGAGGGUUGUAUCCGUACCCCGCGUCUCUCUCAACAUAAUUCGAUUUCUCAUCAUCAUCACCACCACCGCCGCCGUCGUCGUCGUCUGAAUCGGCGGUGCCGCCUCCUCCUCACGGACAGGUUUGACAAUGCCGGAGGAAGGAUGAGGCCACGCAGACCAAUUGGCGCAGCCCUGUACGGCUAGCCCAGCAGCCCGGGCCUUCCCCCGGUGCCUGUCGGGCACAGCGAGCAAGUACAGCAGCACCAGAGUGAAACCGGCCCCUUGGAAGGUGGCGGUGACAGCGGUGGUGGCGGCGGCGGCGGCGGCGGUGGUGGCGAAGCACGAGGCGAGGAGCGCGGCGCCUCCUGUGGCUGCCUGGAGAGCCAUGGCCCAGGGGACGCAGCAGAUCGACAUCCACGUUUACCACGACCUGCGCGAGCGCUUCCCGCAGAUCCCCGAGGGCGUCGUCUCCGAGUGCAUCCUACAGAACCAGAACAACCGCGAUGCAUGUGCCGAGGCCCUGGCCCAGGCGAGCAACAAGUAUCUGGACAGGGACUCGGAGGAGACCGGAGUCCUGGGAGGGGGGGGCGGCGGCGGCGGCGGUGGCAGCAUCGGCGGCGGCGGCGGCGGCAUUGCUGGGAGCCCCCUGCACACCCACACCAUCCACCUCAACGUGGGCAAUGGCAGUAGCCACAUCUGGCUGCACAACAACCCCUGCAACACAGGGGUUCCUGCCCCCCUGUCUGGCACAUCGGUGCUCGGAGAGUUACCCAGCCAGCCCAUGGGCCGCCGCGAUUCGGCAGGCGGUCUCCACGCGUACCCCAUCUACGCCGUCACAGGCCUGUCGCAGCAGCAGCCACAGUCCAUCAAGGUGACGCUGAAACCGAACAUGCAGACGGGACGCGGCACACCCACGUCGCUGCACAUCCGCGGCGGCCUGAACCAGCAGCCGGCCCAGCAGCAGCAACAGCAGCAGCAGCAGCAGCAGAUGAUGCAGCAGACGCAGCAACAGCAGCCCCCUCUGUAUAUGCAAUCGUCCAAGCAGCCGUCCCUCUACAGCAUCCCCACCGUGUACAGUUCAAUACAGCAGCAGUCGCAGCAAGCCCAGCAGCAGCAGCAGCAGCAGUCGCAGCAGCCGACUGUGUACAGCUCGUCGCAGCAGCAUCAGACAUCGCACGUCUACAUGCCCGUGUCGUCGCCCACCAGCGUGUCGGCACACGUCCAGUUUGCGCAACCCCAGUCGCAGCUCGGAUACCUGAACUGUGGGCCCAACGGCCUGAGCUCGUCCGCGUGCGCCGGCCCCACGUCGCUACCGGCGCAGAGCCCCGGCGUCUCCGCCGCGUGCCCCUCGCCGGCGUCCGCCGUGCCCACGGCCACGCGGAAAAACCAGAUCGAGAUUAAGAUCGAGCAGCCGCACCUACACUGGGGCAGCACGGGCGGCGUGAGGAACGCGGCACCGUCGCUCGUGUCCCACGGCCACGGGAUGGGACCCGGCCCUGGCGGUGGGCGUGGCAUGGGCCAGCCCACCCUGCUUAUCGCCACCUCCCCCGCAUCUCCGAGCACCAACAGCACAGCGGUGACCGUCGGGGGUAGGACCAGCUCAGGGUCCAGCUGCACCGACACGCAAGCGGGCUCGUGCGUGCAGCCGACGCUGAUCCGGCACCAGCCCCCGCGGAGCCGCCCCACCUCCAUCACGACGGCGCCCGCCUCCCCGGCGCCGGCCCGCGUCAUCGUCACGCAGCCCAACACCAAGUACACCUUCGAGAUCACCGUGUCGCCCAACAAGCCGCCCGCCAUCUCGCCCGGCGUCGCCUCCCCCACGUACGAGGGCAUGGGCAUCCUCGACCGGCUCGGCAACAGCAACGGCGGUGGCGGAGUCGGUGGCGCCGCCGCCGGCGCCGCCGCCGACCCCUCCGCCCCCGCGCCGGCGUCAUCGACGUCGGCGCAACCGGGGGCCUCCGCGGCCGUGACGCAGCCCUCGUUGGCCGAAGCCGCGGCCCUGGGGAUGGGGGGUGCGGUGGGGCUGGCGGGGGCUGGGCCGCCGCAGGCCGGAGCAACGAGCGUGGUGCCUGACUACCAGGGCAGGGAGAGCUAUGGCUCUGACGACCAGGCCUACACCCAAGCGCUGAUGCUGCACCAGCGGAUGCGCAUGGAUCGGCUGCAAGAGGCGCUGGGGGUGGAGCGCGGCUCGCUCGAGACGCUCAAGGCCGAGGUGAACGAGAUGGAGAACGUGCUCAACCAGCGGCGCUUGCGGCGCGCCAGCUCCUCCAUGCACUCGCCUUCCCUGGAUGACAUGAGCAAGCUGCGGCAGAAGAACCGACAGCUGCAGAUCGAUAUCGACUGCAUGACCAAGGAGUUCGACCUCUGCCAGGCGAGGGGAAAGAACUUUAACCCGGAUACCACCUUGAGUUUUUACAAGAACCUGGGCUACCAGGGGCAGGUCGGACCUGUCCCUCCCAAAGCCUCCACUCAAGACCAGCGCGAGACGGACCGGCCGGCGGGGUCUGCGGCUCGCGACGAGGAGGAGGAGGAGGGUUCGGCCUGGAGCUGCAUAACGUGCACGUUCCUCAACCACCCCGCACUCAACCACUGCGAGGAGUGCGACAUGCCGCGCCACUACUGACCGCUCGCCACUGAGCCCCGCCCCGCGGGAGCACGCGCGGGGCUGGGCGGGGUGCCGCGUCUCGCGCGGAGCGAUCGGAGGUGCGAGCGGCACGAACGGCGGGGAGAAGGCCCAGGGCUUUCCUCGCCUGCGGGCAAGAACCGGCCGCGACGCGCGUCGGGAACCCGGCGAUUCGAUGCGGGUGAUCGCGCGCCGGGGAGCGUCUCGCCGUGCGCGGCAACGUCAAGAAGAGGGGACGUGUCGAUGAGAAGCGUGGGAGAAGCGCGGUCGAAGCCGGAGGCCUCGCAAGUGACUCCUGGCGCGACGGAGACUCAGGAGCCGACGGUGGCCCGAGCGCCACGGCAGCCCCCCCCCCCCCCCUCCCGGCGCCAGCGCUGCGCCCCGAAGCGCGAAAAGCUUUUGUUUUUUUUUUUGUGUUAAAUAAUAAAUUGCAUACGAUUUACCGAAAAAGAGACUUUGAUUUAAAAAAAUUAAGUGAAAGAGAAUUUUGGUUAGAGUUGAGCACUUGAUGUAAAAAUGCAAGCGUUGUUUUUUUCCUUCCUUCCUUCCUCCCCACGCGUGCAGAUGUUGAAGUUGAAGCGGCGAGUGCACACGGUUUCGGCAUUGAGACCUUGGGGGGGGUGAACGAAACAAAUGUGAGGUGUCGCGUUUGGAGUAACGAAUGGACAGUUGCAAUCCGUGGUUAAGUGUGGGACGCAAAUGGCUUCACGCUGCUGUCACCUCAUGAAUCUUUCAGUGCUGCAUUACUUAUGAUUUGAAUUUAUUGUAAUAAGAAUAAGGGGUCAUGACAGUUGCAAGAUUAUAAUUAUAAUGCCCGUUGGGGGGGGGGGGUUUCUGUCAUAUUAAGCACGGAUAACAGACUGUAUUGUUAACAGUUAACAGAAGGGUACUGGAAUAAUUCUUUAAGCACUGAGAUUUUGGUUUAAAACAUUUUUAUAUGAUCACCACGUGGCCUCUUUUUUUUAAAUGAACAAGUGGAUGCAAUCAUUGACGUGAUCAAGCCAAGUCUGGCUCGGUACUUUAAUUUUUCUUUUCAACGAAAUGCUGGAUUUUGCCAUAGGAGUAUGGCUGGCAGACAUAUAAAACCAUGAAAUAUAAAAUGAAAAUGAAUAGCGAGGUGGGGUUUGGGCCGCAUUUUAAUGUAUUAAAAAGUGUUGAAUAAUCAAACGUUUUCAUUAAGUUAAUUUUUUUGCAAUUAAAAAAAACGUACAAAGUAUAUUAAUAAUGAAUAAUAGUAAUAAUGGUAAUGUUUGAACCCAGUCUUCACCACAUGAACACACAGGGUCGUUGCAAAUGUCGGUAGCGAUGGUUCGGAUGUCCGGUCUGCAUCUGCGCAGUGCGUGACUGAAGUCUGCUUCCCAGUAAACUCGGGGUUUUUUUAAUUUGUCGAGGAAUCGAAGCCACCACCCCAUUACCCCCUCCCACCCCCCCCCAAAUAGCUUCCAACUUGGCCGUGUCUGUCAGGGUUUGGGGCUGUUCCUAGUUCAAACCUCUGCUGCAAAGCCACCUCACUACCCCCCCCCUCUUCCCCAAUAAGUGCCUACAAAGCAAGUUGAGUUAUGGCUCGGGCUUGUCCACGGUUUAAACCCAGUAGAGAUCGGCGAGUAGACCAGCAAGGCACUCGGGCGGAUAAGACAUUGCAGUCUAUGCGGUGUGACUCGUUGCGAUGUGGGCAUGCUAUGCAGGGUAUUCGGGCCCAUUAGUCAACCACACACCCUUCCCCAUACCCUCACACGUGGGUUGGAUCAUGCUGCCGGGCACUGCUCUCUUGUGAAUUGCUUUGGCCGCAGGUAGCAACGGCGAUGUAUUGACGAGGGGUUUAAAUUACACUCUUCGUUUUGCUGCUGAGAGAAUAAAUGCCAAAACGUCUCUGGCGAUGACUUAGACAUUUUUAAAUGUACAUUGUAGCAUUAAUUUAAAACACAUCCCCUGCAUGAAAUUGAGCCAUAAUCCACAUAAUCCAUUGUUAAUUCUGAACGACACUUCAAACGGGCUUUAAUCGACUGGCGCACACAGGGCAGCCUACAUUGCAAAUGGAGCACAAAUGCCUGGAUUGCCAAUGCGUAUGGUUUUAUGUUCCACAGUGCAGCUGGAUGUGAAAGUUUGUUUACCGUAAGCCUUAGGAGCUGCGCUGAACUCAACAGAGCUGAAGGUGAGCAAGGACUUGCAGGCUCACCCUUGUUCUGUGUGCAGAUCAGUGGUGGUUUCAACUGGUGCUCGCAAUUCCUAAAACAGGGCCCUCUGCCUCAGUAAAAAAAAAUUCCCAGUGAAAAUACUUGAAACGGAGCCAUUUUUUCCACAUAUAUAAUGAGUUUAGACUUUUAAGUCGACAGAGGGCAGUGCAGUAACAUCCUUUGUACUUAUAUUAUGCUCUUAACAUCUGUUGCUUCCUGCCUUCCAGAAUUGACAAGCGUGGUGAAGUAUGGUCAAAUAGACAUCACGGCCCGUACUGACUUUUGGGGAGGCACUCGUUCAGCAGUAAAUCGAUUUAAGGGGCUGUUGUGCACAUUUUAAACAGAAGACAAACGCAAAAAAACCUUGCUGGCAUUCGAAGGGUGUUUUUCUUUUUAAUUGCUUUGCCUCGCUAUCAGAGCGUUGUUUCGGGGAGAUAAGAAAAAAAUGAAAGCGUCAGAUGAGCCCUUGCCUUGUUGUGCAACAUUUCUCCAGGAAUAAACGUGGCCGAGUCUGUUUCACUUGGCCUGUGCAGACAGCUCUCUGGCCAUCCCUGCAACGUCCGACGUUGAGUCACUCCCAAGUAGCUCCCCGUGAGACUGAGUUGCUCAUUGAGCCCAACCUGUUGAGUCUCCGAAGAUUCCAACCUCAUUCAUCGUUGCCUCAAUAACAAGUUAGCCCUCGCCCCAAAUAUACGCACACAGUUUAAAUGGCAUUUUGGUAAGAGAGGCGAGUUUGAAACAUCUUACCUACAAGAAGCAAAGUAAGAAGCCACACGCGGCCCCCUUUUUGUGCGCCGGUGUCCUGCCUUCCACUUUUACCAAUCGCCCGUUGCGUGAAAUGUGCAUUACUUUAUCAAAUUUAUGUGCGACUGGGGAAGAUUGAUGAACGUGGAAUGCUCCACCGUAAUGGGGGGGGGGGGGGGGGGGGGGGGGGGCGUUAAGGAAGCGCUGGCUUACGGUUACAGAGCACAGCCUUAGCUGGACUGAACGAAGCUUUCCCCCCCCCCCCCCUUCCCAUCGCUUUGGUGUCUUCAUGUGUCUUAUUUACUCUGAACAUGUGAAAAUAUAGCAAUACAAAAA